UCUCUGUCUACCCCUGCGUACGACGACGUGUACAUGCAGUCCGUUGCCUCUACCGAGACAGCAGACACCAACCCGCUGCUGACCGCAGCACUUUUAUCCUGCACUUGCCCCCCACCUCCAGCAGGCCGCAGCUGCCGUUGCGGAAGCCGAGCCGAUGGCUGUUGAUGAGCCGACGGCGGUUGCUCCAAAGAAGGUCGCUGCGCUGCCCAAGCCCAAGACCACCACCAUCCAGCAGCAGGCGCUGUCAACGGCGGGCAAGAAGAGCGCCAGCUCGACUACACCGCAGCAGCCGGCGAAUCAGAGCCAGGUGCGUCGCGCUACUGUCUCCAAGGCGCAGCCCCCGAAGCAGCAGCAGCAACAGAAGUCCCCGGCAGCGGCGGCGCCAUCGGCUCCCAGUGGCGGCGACCGGGCAAUGAGCGAGGAGCACGAGGCGGAAUUAGAAGGCGUCGACUUGAAGAACAUGUCAUCCAAGGAGCGCCGCCAGCUGAGAAACAAGAUUUCGGCAAGAAACUUCCGCGUCCGUCGCAAGGAGUAUAUCUCGAAUCUCGAGGCCGAGGUUCGCCAGCACCGCGAAGAGGCCGACGGGCUCCGCAAGGAGCUGACCACGUCCAAGGCCGAGAACUCCCAGCUGCGCGAGGAGGUCGCCAAGCUGCGCUUGAAACUCAGUGCCCUGACUGUGGCCGCCAGUUCCCCUGCUCCGGUCCCCACUGUGGCCGCCCAGUCGCCUGUGCCAGUGCCCAAGCCCACUCCGGCUGCAUCGCCAGUCGUGCGCUUCAACCCGCGCAAGGACGUGGGCCAAUCCAAGGCUGCCGGCAACUGGGCCGCAAAGAGCAGCGGAUCGGGCUUCAUUGCCGUCAACACUGCCUUUGUCGACCACGCCCAGAACGACACCGUGCUGCGUGAGGCCCAGCGCAAGCGUGCUGUCGAUGCUCUGCUCAGCAUGCGCGAUGAGUCCGACGCCUUUGUCGCCAGCGAGGCUACGCGCUGCGCCGCCCUCGCCCUUGCCGGCCUGGUUGCCGAGCUGGUUUUGUCGCAGACUGCCCUCGAGUCGUCCAUCCACAUGGCCCACAAGACCGCUGCUAUCGCUGCCGCCGAUGCCCAGGCAGCUGUGUCGUGCUGAGCCACCUACCACUCACUAUGCUUUUCCAUUUUCCUUCUCUCUCCUCCCUUUCUUUUCAAGCUGUAAUUUGUAGAUAAAAAAACCCAUCCACCAAACAAUAAACUCUAUUCUAUCCUCUACUCACAGGACCGUCCGGGACUGGCCCGGCGAGAAAAACUGGACGGCUGUGUCAGCCACCUUGUAGUGCAGAUGGACUGGCUUGAAUGU